GCCGUAGUGUUUAAAGCAAUGGGGAUCGUGUCAGACCAAGAAAUAGUACAAAUGAUCGGUACGGAUGACCGUGUGAUGACAUCUUUUGCACCUUCCCUGGAAGAGUGCGUACGCGCCUCCAUUUUCACUCAACAGCAGGCCUUACGACAUUUGGGCAACAAAUUGCGCCAAAAACGUUUCUUCGGAGGGCCAAAGAAGACAGCCACAGAAGAGGCUAGAGAAACACUUGCCACAACUAUACUUGCCCAUGUUCCGGUGGAAAACUUCAAUUUCAAAGCGAAAGCUAUGUAUCUAGCUUUGAUGAUUAGACGGGUCAUACAAGCUGAAAAUGAUCCAAGCUCCGUUGAUGAUCGUGAUUAUUAUGGUAACAAGCGUUUCGAAUUAGCGGGAUCGCUACUGUCGCUUCUGUUCGAGGAUUUGUUCAAGUGGAUGAAUUUCGAGUUGAAACAAAUUGCUGAUAAGAAUAUUCCAAAGAUUAAAGCGGCCCAGUUCGAUGUUAUCAAACAUAUUCGAACAGAUCACAUCACCAUGGGGUUAGAAAAUGCUAUUUCUACGGUAAAAAUCGUGGCUACAUGAAGUUUUUUGGGGGGAAA